GUCGGGUCAGCGCAAGCUCAGCUUAAUUGCCAGUGUGGACUGACUGGUGGCUCGUCGCUCCUGGUCCGCUGUUGUAAACAUGAGUGACUGACGGCCACAUUGGACGCUCGGGUGCCAUGGUGAAGAACAGGCAGCCUCCACCUGCCGGGCCUCUCUCCCUUGGCUUUUGUUUGAGGGCUGCACCCCGCCCCGCAGCCUGCUGACCCCAGAGUGACCGACACACAAGGACAAAAUGGUGGACGUGGCAAAAUGGCCUCUCUUCAGUCUGAUGGCGCCCCAGGAGCUGGCCUGCAUCUGGAAAGCCUGUGUUUUUGGCGCGGCCGCCAAUGAGGCCAUCUUCAUCACCAGUGACGAUGAGGUGUACGUGUUUGGACUCAACUGCAGCAACUGCCUGGGCACCGGAGACAACCAGAGCACCAUCGCACCCAAGAAGCUGGACUUCCUGAGCGGCAGGAAGGUGAUCAGCAUGAGUUAUGGCAGCGGCCCGCACGUCCUGCUGGCCACUGAGGACGGCGAGCUCUUUGCCUGGGGGCACAACGGCUACAGCCAGCUGGGGAACGGGACCACCAACCAAGGGCUGGCGCCGGUACUCGUGUCGGCCAACCUGCUCAACAGGAAGGUGACCGAGGUGGCCUGCGGCUCGCACCACUCCAUGGCGCUCACUGAAUUAGGAGAGGUAUACGCGUGGGGGUACAACAACUGCGGCCAGGUGGGCUCCGGUUCCACAGCCACCCAGCCUCACCCGCGUCGCGUUUCCAGCGGCCUUCAGAACAAGAUUGUGGUCGGCAUCGUCUGUGGCCAGACCUCGUCCAUGGCGGUGGUGGACAACGGCGAGGUGUACGGCUGGGGCUACAACGGCAACGGUCAGCUCGGACUGGGGAAUAACGGCAACCAGCUGGCUCCGUCUCGAAUCCUCGGUUUGCAGGGUUUGUGUGUGCAGCAGAUCGUGUGUGGAUACGCGCAUGCAUUAGCACUGACGGAUGAAGGCAUCCUGUACGCUUGGGGCGCCAACACGUACGGCCAACUGGGCACGGGCAACAGGAGCAACCAGCUGAGCCCCGUGCAGAUCAUGAGCGAGAAGGGAAGGAUCGUGGAGGUGGCCGCCUGUCACUCCACGCACACGUCGGCCGCCAAGACGCAGAGCGGCCAGGUGUACAUGUGGGGCCAGUGCAGGGGGCAGUCCAUCGUGCUGCCCCACCUCACGCACUUUGCCUGCACCGACGACGUCUUUGCCUGCUUUGCCACACCCUCGGUGAUGUGGAGGCUUCUGUCCAUGGAGUUUGACGACUUUCCGACGGUGGCUCAGUCUCUCAAGAAGGAGUUUGACAACCCCGAGACCGCCGACCUCAAGUUCUGCGUGGAUGGCAAAUACAUCUACGUCCACAAAGCAGUUCUCAAAAUCAGGUGUGAACACUUCCGCUCCAUGUUCCAAUCGCACUGGAACGAAGAUCUGAAGGAGGUGAUCGAAAUCGACCAGUUCUCCUUCCCGGUGUAUCGCUCCUUCCUGGAGUUCCUCUACACGGACAAUGUGGAGCUGCCGCCAGAGGACGCCAUCGGACUUCUGGACUUGGCCACGUCCUACUGCGAGAACCGCCUGAAGCGCCUGUGCCAGCACAUCAUCAAGAGCGGCAUCACGGUGGAGAACGCCUUCACGCUGCUGUCGGCCGCCGUGCGCUACGACGCUGAGGAUCUGGAGGAGUUCUGCUUCAAGUUUUGCGUCAACCACCUGACUCGAGUGACACAGACGGACGCCUUCUGCCAGAUUGACGGCGACUUACUCAAGGACUUCAUUUGUCGAGCCAGCCGCUGCGGCGCCUUCAAGAACUGACCUGGAAAUAUGCUGUGUUCGGGGACAUCCAAUGAUUCACUUUUUUUUUUUUUUUUUUAAUCAUGUAUAUUUGAAAGACAUUCAACUGACCAAGCAACUUUUGACACUUUUUCUACUUCUUUUGCUUAAUACGAUUUGCACUUGUGGACAGAUGUCAAUCAGUUCGCACUUAUUCGGAAAGCCGUUCCAGAGCAUUUACUCCACAUCCAUCUCAAGAGCCGUGCACUAGGAAGUACUGGAUUUCAUGAUCUGAAGUGUUGCCUCACUUUGUUUUACUGGUAAUGCUGAAUUGAACGAGUGAGGACAAGGGGAACAUGAGUCUAUCGAUUUGAAGGUGGUCAUCAAAGAUCUUGAUCAAAUGCUCAAAUCAUUUAAGAAUUUAUUUGCAGCGCACUUGUUAUUUUUGUCAUUCAUUCGACAUCCUUCGAGUGUGCUGAUUUGUUUUUCCAGUGAGGAAAAAGAGCAUAUUAGUACAUGACAGUGGCCAAGAUGGGUAUAAAGAAAUGGACAAUGGCUUUGCAUUAAGAGGCUACAGUGUCAAACUGGUCAGGACAAAGAGUGCACUAGCACACUGACCUUAAGAUGGAUUGAGUUGGAUGGAAGAAGCAUUCCAGUGGCUUUCGCUCCACUUGUACAUACACAACAGACAGAACUGACGUCAAGACCCUUUUGGUCUGUUCAGAGGCAAAGAAAUGCACAAUUUCCUCAUGCGUUAGUUAUUUAAUCAGCAGCUGACGUAGGAAUUUGACUGGCGCAUUUUUUCUUUUUUU